GCCCCUCCCUGUUAGCUUUAGCUGUUAGCUGUGGAGCCGGACGACCGGAGGAGGAUCCGGGAAAAAGAGCAGAAAACCGGGGAAACAGGAGGGAAUGAGCCGGGCAGAGAACCGCAGAGCCCCGCGGUGACCGGACAGAGAGUCUGCCGCAGAGAGAAGCUGUUCCCCGGGGAAGAAGAGAGAACAACACACCGUCUGGUGAACAUGCACUCUUCUCCCGCACGUCCCUGGUAGAGAGAGAGAGAGUGAGAGUGUGUGUGCGCACGCGUGCGCGUGCAUCGUCCAGGAUGGGGUUCGGUCGGGAUCUGAGAAAUUCACAUGAGGGGUUACUGAAGCUGCAGGACUGGGAGUUAAAGCUGCUGGAGACGGUGAAGCGGUUCAUGACUCAGCGGGUGAAGAGUGAUAAAGAGUACGCGGCUCUGCUGCUCAGCAUGACUCAGCAAACAGAGAAACAGGAAGCAGCAGAUUACGUCAGCACCGUCAGCAAGUCGUGGAGUCAGGUGGUGCGUCAGACGGAGGCUCUGGGCCGGGUCAUGAGGAGCCACGCUGACGAGCUGAACUCGGGGCCGCUGCACCGCCUGGCCACGCUGAUCCGAGACAAGCAGCAGGUGAAGAAGAGCUACCAGAGCCUGCACACGCAGCUGGAGAGCCACAACCAUAAGGUGACCCGCAGCGACCUGGAGAAGCUGAAGUCCACGUACCGCCAGCUGAGCCGCGACGCCAACAGCGCCAAAGAGAAGUACCGAGAGGCGCUGGCUAAAGGCCGGGAGGUGGAGCGAGCGCGGGAGCGUUAUGACAAAGCAACGGCGAAGCUGCACAACCUCCACAACCAGUACGUGUUAGCGGUGUGCGGUGCGCGCACGCAGCAGGACGAGCACCGGCGCCGCGCCGCGCCCGCCCUGCUAGAUGCGCUGCAGAGGAUGCAGGAGGACAUGACGCUCGCUCUUAAGAGUAUCCUUCAGGAGUAUUGUGAGAUCAGCAGCCUGCUGACGGAGGAGAUGGUGGCGGUCCAUCAGGAGAUCUCGGCAGCGGUGGAUCAGAUCGACCCGCUGGCCGAGUACGAGCACUUCAUCGAGGCCUACAGGUCUGCAGAGACCCCCGAGGCGAGCGUGGAGUUUGAUGCGUCCCUAUUGGACGAGACGGACAACUUGCCGGCCAAUGAGAUCCUCUGGAACACGCUGACAGCUGAUAGUCUGCAGGCCAUGUUGUCGUCGGCGACAGACGAGCUGUCGCUGACUCAGCAGAAUCUGCGGACGAAGGAGGCGCUGGCCGAAGACCUCGACGCCAAAAUCCAGACGAGUCAGCAGAGCGCGGAGAGAAAGAGCGACUGUGUGUUGCUGCUCAGUCAGAAGCUCUCCCUGCUGGAGCUCCAUCACGCCGUCCAAUCGCUGCACGGCUCUGAGGCGCGCCUCUCCUCCCAGAAGAAUCUGCUGGAUGCAAAAAUUGCCGCCGCCGCUUCGCCGCCCCCCCCACCUCCUCCCCCCGCCCUGCCUUAUGAGGACGACACCCGCUCCGUGGGAUCCACCGACAAGAAGGAGAGGAGCUCCAGGUUGGAUACUCUUCGUCACUCCCUGGCCGGGAUGAUCCGCUCUAAAGCUGUGCUGGGAUCCUCCUCCUCGCAGUUCUUUGAUGUUAUCCCCACCUCGGAGCGCCCCCUGGUGGAGCAGGACUGGUACCAUGGAGCCAUCCCCCGCACAGAGGCGCAGGAGUUACUACGGCAACAGGGAGACUUCCUGGUGAGGGAGAGCCACGGGAAACCGGGCGAGUACGUCCUGUCCGUCUACUCUGAUGAGCAGAGGAGACACUUCAUCAUCCAGUACGCUGAGAGUCAGUACCGGUUCGAGGGCACGGGGUUCUCCACCAUCCCUCAGCUGAUCCACCACCACUUCUCCUCCAAGCAGGUCAUCACCAAGAAGUCCGGAGUGGUUCUGCUGCAGCCCGUACUCAAGGAUAAGCGGUGGAUUCUGAACCAUGAGGAUGUGUUUCUGGGGGAGCUACUGGGGAAGGGUAACUUUGGCGAGGUGUUUAAAGGCACGCUGCAACGCGACAAGACGCCAGUGGCUGUGAAGACGUGUAAAGAGGAUCUCCCUCCAGAGCUGAAGAUCCGCUUCCUGUCCGAGGCCCGGAUCCUGAAGCAGUACGACCACCCGAACAUCGUGAAGUUGAUCGGCGUUUGUACGCAGCGACAGCCCAUUUACAUCGUCAUGGAGCUGGUUCCUGGAGGAGACUUCCUGUCCUUCCUGAGGAAGAAAAAGGAUGAGCUGAAGACGAAGCAGCUCGUCCGUUUCUCUGUGGAUGCCGCCGCCGGCAUGGCCUACCUGGAGAGCAAGAACUGCAUCCACAGGGACCUGGCGGCGAGGAACUGUCUGGUGGGGGAGGGCAGUGUGUUGAAGAUCAGUGAUUUUGGGAUGAGUCGUCAGGAGGAUGAUGGGAUAUAUUCUUCAUCAGGACUCAAACAGAUCCCCAUCAAGUGGACGGCCCCGGAGGCCCUGAACUACGGGCGCUACAGCUCUGACAGUGAUGUGUGGAGUUAUGGGAUCCUGCUGUGGGAGACCUUCAGCCUGGGGGUGUGUCCUUACCCAGGGAUGACCAAUCAGCAGGCCCGAGAGCAGGUGGAGAAAGGUUACAGGAUGGCGUGCCCGCAGCGUUGCCCUGACGAUGUGUACAAAGUGAUGCAGCGCUGCUGGCAGUAUAACCCCGAAGAGAGACCCAAGUUCUCCGAUCUGCAGAGAGACCUCAACGCCAUCAAGAAGAAGUGAUGACAUCAUCAUCACAUGACCUCAUGAGCAGGACGUGAUGACAUCAGAGGAUCAGUGUUAGUGUGGAGGUGGGCGUGGUCGGCAGGUUUUUAAAGAGCAGAAACACUGAGCUGUAAACACUGUGUGUGUGUGUGUGUGUGUGUGUGUGUGUGUGUGUGUGUGUGUGUGUGUGUGUGUGUGUGUGUGUGUGUGUGUGUGUGUGUGUGUGUGUGUGUGUGUGUGUGUGUGUGUGUGUGUGUGUGUGUGUGUGUGUGUGUGUGUGUGUGUGUGUGUGUGUCAAACACAAGGGCGUGAUGAACGUUUUAACCACAGUUACAGCGUUCCCUGAAGUCCAGCUGCUGGUGCUGCAGACAGUUAGCAUUUAGCUGCUAAUGUCUGAACUCAUUGAACUUCAGUGUAAACACGACUGACGUUAGCAUGAUGUAGCUUUAACACCUUUUGGUCAAAAUGCGAUGCUAUGGACAGUGCUGAGAAGCUAACGUAAGUUUGAAAGCUAGCAUAAAGAGCUACCCGAGGUAAAGCUACUUUCAAAAAUACUACACACUUUAUAAAAACAUCACAUUUCCAUGUGAUACCAAAUAUUUUAAUAUAUAUAAAAAGGUAAAAUCAGCUACUUCAACACUAUGCAAAUAUAAUGUAACUGAACAACACGUUUAUACCGUUUUCACUACAGCUAGCGUGACCGCAGUUAGCGUUGUUAGCCCGUCGGUGUUUCCUGUCAGGCUUCAGUCAUUGAGUUUAAAUUCAAACAAAAACUGUGAAAUCCAGAACAAAUGAAUAAACUGCGACUAGUUAGCAUGCUAGCAAAGUGCUAACUGACCACAAGCCACACUAAGCCCUUACAAAACAUAUUUAGAUAUUCAUGUUAACGGAUAUUAAAUAUUGACAUGAGUCGUUACUGUUACCAUGGGAACACUACAAACAUGUCCAAGGACCAAUCAGCUGUCAGCACUAAACGUUCCCUUUUAAUUUAUUUAACGUCUGUACUAUUUGAAUGCUUCUCAGCUCAUCUGCUCAAACUGACCUUCAUUCUGAAAAGCCAGCUGUCAAUCAUCACAGACCACGCCCACUCCACCCUUUUUAUUUUAUUUUGGGAAAUCUUUUUGACCAAUCAGGGACCCCAAAGAUUUAGUUGUUGGCUUAAAAGAUAACACCUUAAAAUCAUUAUUUAAAAACCAGACUGAAUUCAUAAAUGUUAUUAUUUUAAUUAAUAUUUUCAAACCAAAGUUUAAAAAAUGGUCCAACAAAUGAUUUUAAAACCAGAUCAAAGUGGAAUCAGCACUGCCUGGGUGUUUCCUGGUUGUCGUGUUAACUGAAAUAAUGUUUAAAAAAGAACAAAUUAAUAUAAAUGUGUAAACUAUUAACACACCUGACUGAAUCAGAGCUCCUGAUUGGUCAGCAUCACUUCCUGGACUGCAAGGGCGGAGCCUCAGUGUUAGUGAUGUCAUAGCGCCGCCUGCUGUUACUGUACAUACGUUGUUUUAUUCACGUUCAUAACACUAAGUCUUUUAUGUUUGUUACUUUUUAAAAAUAUUAUCGUAGCAUUUAUUAUGAAAAUAAAGCCAAUCAUACGAA